AUGGGCUGCUCACAUUCACCUCCAAGGCCCCGAUCACCACCGUCGUCCCCACCGCCACGACGUCGUUCUCGCAGACGACGGCGCUUCUCAGACCGCUUCGCGUGCAGUCACGGCUCCCACACUGACGAAGACUGCAGGAAUCCGCUGGAACGCAUGCAGUUGCACGAAAGACACAGCGAUAACCACCAGCAAGACGAUGCCCCGCCCGCCAGAAAGACCGUCCGCUGGGGUCCCGUCACUGAGAUUCCGAGACCCGACUACAGAAGCCGCGAGCGUGAAUGCGAGCGCAGCCCUGGUGGCUAUCGCUCCUCAUGCAGAGUCGCAGUCAAGCCAUGCAUGAAACCGCCCACUCCCUCGGAUCAGGAGAUGGUGCAGAGGAACCUUCGGGCCAUGGUGGACGAGUCUACCAACCGUCUGAACAUGUACUACAACGCUAUGGAGUAUUUCUCUGGUGACGUGGUUCUGGAUGAGGUCAUGUGUCAGGACGAGAAAUACCUUUUCCAAAAGGCAAGGAGACAAUAUUUGGAAGAUACGUUCGGCUUCGUCAGGUCGCCAUCUCACUCUCCAUCCAGGCCCACCUCGAGAAAAUCGCUUUAA